UUCAACGAGGACGUUGGAGUUUUUUUCUGGGUACAUACAUAAGGACUUUGGAAUUGUUAAUUGUAGCUGGACUGCAGUCUUCAUCAACCACUUGUCCCUCUCUCUCCAACCCUGCCAGCUUUUUGGGAAUCUCUCUCUCCCUGUGGAUAAAUAAUUGAAACACUUCUGCCUCCGAACGAAGCAAGAAAUGGAGUCAGAAGGAUCAAGGGUUGUUGUUCCUAGGAAUUUUAGGUUGCUUGAGGAACUUGAGAGAGGAGAAAAGGGAAUUGGAGAUGGAACAGUUAGCUAUGGAAUGGAUGAUGCUGAUGAUGUGUAUAUGCAGUCAUGGACUGGGACUAUCAUUGGCCCACCCAAUACGGUGCAUGAAGGGCGGAUCUACCAGUUGAAAUUAUUUUGUGGUAAUGAGUAUCCAGAUGAGCCGCCAGCUGUGAGGUUCCAAACUCGAAUUAACAUGACUUGCGUAAAUCAAGAAACUGGAUUGGUUGAACCUAGGCUUUUCCCUAUGCUUGCUGACUGGCGAAGGGAGUACACAAUGGAGGACAUACUAAUGCAAUUGAAGAAAGAAAUGUUCUCUCCACAGAACCGGAAACUAGCUCAGCCUCCUGAAGGUGUGUCCGUUAGACUUCUAAGUCCCGGCAAUCUUCUUUUCUCUCUAUGCAUCAAUUUGGUACCAGCUCUUCAGCAGUUUUUUGUUUUGUUUUUUUGUUCUAUGAAGAUUCAUCCUUCGUCUAAAAGUUCCUAUAGAUAGUAAAGAAGUGGGUUGAUUGGAAAAAUACCAAUAAGGCACAAUAGUCCAUUGAAGAGGUUCUUCCGGAAGAAGAGUACACACACACACACACACACACACAUGUAUAUGUAUUAAAGUACGCAUCUUACAGAUUUUAAUAUGCAUCUUGUAGAUUGUUCUGUGUAGGAGAAGCUCCUUGAUCCUUUGCCAUGGCUCCUGAAAUAUAUUAGUUUCUGCUACCCAUGCAAAAGUAGGAUAUCUUUGGCGAAUAGUUAGCCAAACUGCCAAAUUCACUGACCCACGACUAUUUAUCAGUGUAUCUUUCUUCCCGUAGGCAAUACGGGGUCAUGGUCCUCGGAUAAUUGCGUGCGUCAUAUUCCAUUAUUUGGAUUAGCUCUGAUUCACGGAAGAUGAAAUCAAUAUUUAACACACUGAAUAUUUGUAUAUUUUUAGGAAAUGAAGAGGCAAGGGUUGAUCAGAAGGGACUGAUAGUGAACUGUUGUAUUCUUUAAGUUGAAGGGAGAAUUUUGAGGAUUAAUUUGUGUAUAUGAAACAUAUACCUUGGGCAGUUCCACCUCCGACUUAUUGUCUUCUUCUUCUUGAUAUAAGCUAUCUAUUUAAAAUAAAGAGAAUGUAAUUUAAGACACAAACCCUCACUCUUACAUUAAUGUCAAAACGUUCGAAACCC